AUGAGCAGCACCCACAGCAGCAGUGGCCAGAGCGGUCACAACGAGGAUUCUCCUCACAACAGCACAAAUCUGUAUAACUGGCAGCAUGAUCCCCGUGAAGAUGAGGAAGAGGGGGAGAGUGAGAAUGAAGAGAACGAAGAUGAAGAAGAUGAGGACUACGAUGAUGAUGAUAAUGAUGAUGAUGAUGAUGAUGAUGAUGAUGGUCUGUUUCCCGGCAAUUUCGAGUUCGAGUUGCUCAUCGAGGAGAUCCCAGCCGGUUCAGACCAAGCGGACGGUUCUAACGGUGAUGAAGAGGGCACCAGUAGUGGACAUAGGAGGACGACCAUCCGGAUAGGCCCUGGUAUUGCGGGACGGUCACACCUUACGCAACGCGAGUUCCUGGCCAUACUACGCGGACAGCACCUUCAUCCUGUGGUAGUCUACGACGAAAAUGGCCGGGAGCGCGUCACCUUUCGCAUCGGCAACCCAAACGAUGUAAAACGAUACCCCAAAGUGCCCAACGACGAGGGCCGAAAGCUCAUGGAGUCUGGCGCCUUUGGCUACUUCGACAGGAGAGGCCCUGAGAAAAAGGCGCUCGCCCGACGGCUGCUCGACAGAGAGUUGGGCAUCUACAGCCCCGAAAGGAGGCGCCUUAACCAAGGCUUGAUGGCCCAGUCCAUGGUCCCUUCUUCCAAACCAGACAUGGUCAUCCACUAUGACGACCCAGUCUGCUGUGGCCAAUUUUCAGACGACGGCAACUUCUUCUAUGCUUGCGUCAAGGAUUUCAAAGUCCGCCUCUAUGACACAUCUAGUCCGUACAACUGGAAACAUUACAAAACUGUACGGUACCCCGGCGGUCAGUGGACCAUGACCGACGCAGACUUGAGCCCAGACAACAAAUGGCUUGCCUUCUCCUCCCUCCAAAGCCACGUCGGCAUCUCCCCAACCGACCCGCACGACGCUGGCGAACCAUACACCCUGGAUCUCGCCGACAGCAGCGGCCUAUCCAACGGUUCCCACGACGACCCGCAAUACGCCUUUGGCAGCUUCCCCAUCUUCUCCGUGCGCUUCUCGCGCGACGGCCGACAACUCGUAGCCGGCACGGGCGCCCGGUCGAUCGUGGUCUACGAUAUUGAGGCACGGCGGUCACUGUUCCAUGUCCGAGGCCAUGCAGACGACGUCAACGCCGUCUGUUUCGCGGACAAGUACUCCCCGCACAUCCUAUACUCCGGCUCGGACGACUGCACCAUCAAAGUCUGGGACACAAGGAGUAUCGGCGAGGGUCGCGAGGCCGGCGCAUUUGUCGGGCAUACGGAGGGCUUGACAUACAUCGACAGCAAGGGCGACGGCCGGUACAUCCUCUCCAACGCCAAAGAUCAGACCCUUAAGCUCUGGGACCUGCGCAUGGCGAUGAGCGCCACCCGCUUCGCCGAGCUCGACCCAACCUCCGUCACGCGCAACCGCGACUACGAGUACGACUACCGUUGGCAGGAGUAUGAAGAGUACCAGUGGUUCCCGCACCCGCACGACAACUCCCUCGUGACCUUCCGCGGCCAUCGCGUGCAGCGAACGCUUAUAAGGUGUCACUUCUCGCCGCCGAAUAGUACCGACUCGCGGUAUGUUUAUGCGGGGAGCUAUGAUGGACAUGUGUAUGUAUGGAAUAUGGAUGCGACGCUCGCGGCGAAGAUUGAUGUGCGCUCGACGACGAGGCCGCCGGCAGGACUGAGGCACAGGCCCGAGAGGAGGUUUCGGUUGGGCGCGUUUUUUCAUCGCAGGCCGGAUAGCUGGGAGGCGCUGGUUAGGGAUGUUGCAUGGCAUCCUAAUGCGCCUAUUGUUGUUGCAUCGUCUUGGUCUGGUUCGUCCAUGGACUGUGGCACAGCGUCGCUGCACUCGUUUAACGACGGGUUUGCGGCGGAGGAUGAUGAGGGAGACCCGCCCAUGGGCUUUGCUGUUGACGAGCAUCUUGAAUCAUUCGCGGCAGCAAGCUCUAGUGGGUUGAGGUGA